AUGUGAAUGUCUUCAGAAGAAGAGAGCUCAAGUUGAAACCUGCUUAUAACAUAGCUAGUGAAAGCUGUGAUGCAUCUUUUACAACUUUGUCUUCCUUCCUAUUACACACACAAGGUACUUUGUCUGACCAUUGCCUGUGAUGAGUGAAGGAACUAAUGCAGACCCUUGUCCAGAGACUCAUAAAUCGUUCAGAUUCUCUGUGAAGAAAGACAAAGCUAAGAAGAAGAAACUCAACAUCAUCUUAUCCAGUGUAGUAAAAGAGCUUGGACCCGGGAAUAAGGAUUGGUUUGAAAAUACUACUGCCCAGAAAAUUCAGCAGAAGAAACAGAGGCUUGAAAAUGUUGAUGUUUCACUGUGUACACCGAAGGAUAAAAUCCAUGUUAAUCAACUCAACGCAUCAACCAGUACAAGUUCAGAAUCGUCAGAGAACAAAUUCUAUUUCAAAAUCCAAAGAUUGCUGACAUCUCAGACAUCAACUCCAAGUCAAACACUGCCAUGGCAGGUUCCUGUUUUAGGAGGAAGUCCGGAUGUGGUAUCUGGCUCUGCCCCAAUGUGCAAGCAGAUGGACAUCAGGAAAAGUCUAGGAAUCAGCAUGAACGACUCAGCAUUGUCCUGGACAAGUUCAAUGGCAACACCAACAUUGAUGGACUCCACAUUCAAAGGUUCUCCAUCCCCCGUCAUCAAACAACAGAAGGGUUUGCCCAGAGUCCUGUUUUCUCCUGGACCAUCACAGACGGAUGAUGAACUACAUGCAUUAGAGAAUACUUCUGAGGACAACACAGAUGAUGAUGAGCUGCCUUUCAUUCCUCCUUCCAGGCGAGAUUCUAAAUCACCAGGAACACUUAUCUCACCUGUCAAAGCAGUAUUUAGAAAUAUUGAUCAACGUGAAUUGUUUAAUACAGAUUCUGAAUUGUCUGAAAAUCUCCCUUACUCAGAGGAAAAGUUGGAUACAAGGUCUCUAUCAUCUCCAAAUAUUUGCAAAAUUCCUUUUACAGGAAAUGCAAGUGUUGCUACCAAUGUAGAAGAAGAAGCAAGCAUGCCUUUGUUUUCGCAAGAUUUAUAUAUCGAUGAUGAAAUUGAAGAAGAGCAAGAUGUUAAGAGAGGUAGUCAGGGCUCUCCACUUGGGAAAUGCAUAUCCAAAAGCACAGAGGACGACUCAGAAAAAUGUGUGUCUGAGGCUCUAUCUGACUUUUUUGACCCACCAUCAAGUGCCGUAGGCAGAAGAAGAUGUGCUCCUAGGAAAGGCAAGAAAAGAAAACUCCUCGAGGACAGUUUGAGUUUAGAAGUUGACAAUGACAAUGUGAUGAGCAAUACAACUCAAAGAAGAAAAAAGAUGAAAACUGAUUUGUUACGUAGUGAGGAUAAGAAAGAUGACCAAAGCAAGACAGAUUUGCAAAAGGAAGGAUAUAAAAGUAUGGAAGAAUACAAAAUUUCUGUUAAAAGUGAAGAAAUAGAAGAGGAAAUCCAUUCAACAAAUUUGAAUAUUCAUCAAAGAAAACAAUCUCUUUCUCUAAGUCAGGAAGACGUUAGUUGGGAAAACUGUUCUACACCAAAUAAUGCUAAGAAGACUUUUAAGUCAAUUCUGUCCAGUAAGAAAGCUGAAGGGUCUGCUGUAAAGAGUAACAAGAAAGUGAGGUUUUCUGUCGAGGAAAAGUCAUCCCUGAAACGAAAUCUUACACAGAUGGAAGAUGAAGAGUAUGUGUCUCCAGACGUCUUUGUUCAAACUUUGCUGACAGGUGAUGUAAACUCUGAAGAGGUUGGAAAUGAUAGUCAUACACUUACUCUAGCCAAUUCAGAGAGAGAUUCAGCACAAAAUAACUUAAUGUCAGAAAAUAUACAUACAGACAAAUCUACAAAGAAUUAUCCAGACUUAGAAGUAUGUGAUGAACUUUUCUCCCAGGUAUCUCCAACAGCUUUGAAUGAAAUGUGUUCUGUAGCCACUUUAGUCGACAAGAGCAAUACAACACAGAGAUCCAACCUAGACACGGACAAAAAUAAACUAAACACCAAAUCACUAGCAGAUGAUAAACAUGUUUCAGUGAAAACUGAAGACAAGAAUCAUGUGAGUUUAACUUUUAUGAAAACAGAAUAUGAUGACAAAGCUACAUGCCAUGUUUGUAAAAAGGAGGACUCUUUACCAGAGAAUGAGCAGUCAAAUCCUAGACCAACUUCUCUGAGGGGUUCUAUCGGUCUAAAAGCUAAAACGAGGAAGUUUUUAUAUCCAUCAACCAAUCAGAUCAGUAAGUCAUGUCCGAAGUCUGUUUAUGGAUUUGCUGAACAGUCUGAGAAAAACAUGAGAUUGACAAUGAAUACAAACAACGCUGCCAGCAAAGAUCCACCCCAAGACACUGUGUUGGUCCAGCAAUCUUCUACGAAGUUAGGGUUUGGAGAAAAAAAUAUUGAUAAAAACCAGCAGGGUCGAUCAACUCUCUCCAGAGGAAUCCAAAGAAACCUGGGAUUUGAAAGUUUCUCAUCUCUCGCGAACAAUGGAAAGGUUGACAUGGAGACUGAUAGAUCUAAGGUCAAAUGGGAUGGUAAUAGAUCACAACCAAAGUCACUUCAUGGGGAUCCUGCUAAAUUGGUCCAAACAGGAAACAUGUCUGCAAAACCAAAGAAAGAGCUAAGAGGAAACGAUGACUUUGACUUUCAUAUUAAAAGUGAAGUUGAUGAUGUUCAGUCUUCAAAAUUGAACACACCAUUACGCUUGUAUGGGCAGCAGUCUGAAGGUCUUGUCGAAGGAGUCCCAUUGAAGACAGAACCAUGUAAUCUAGAUUACAGCAGUUCAGAAUGUUCCUUACAAAGUUCCAAACCUGUAAAUGUUAAAACAAAAAGCAAAUGUUCUUGAGGAUGAAAAACCAAACAUCUGUGAAAUUACUAACAAGGACAUGAUUCAGGUGUCAAUUGAUUCCAACCAAAUAAUCCCUGGUGUAAACUGGAGAGCAAGGAGAGAA